AUUUACAUAUCUCUCAAGUAGUGGUGACAUUGAUUUCCCUUGUUUUUCUUAGGAUUGAUUCUAUUGAUAAUUUUUACUGUUCUAGUUCUAGGGUUUUCUUUUUUAAUUUAUUUUUUAAUAACUGAAACCGAUUUAGGUUUGUUUAGUAAAGAUUGUGAAGUUGUAACUAAAAUUAGGUAUUUUUUUUUAAGACUUCCAUUGCAUGGAAAACUGAUUUUAUCCAACUGGGCUUGCAGGACACGGUGGUCUCUUUAUUCUAUAAAAUCCAAAAAAAUACUUUCACAGUAGAAUGAGAAUUUGAAAAGAAAAUCCUAAUAAUCUUUUAGUCCUGUUGAUAUUCACGGAACCAUCCUACUAAUCUUUCUGCCUUACUAAGAGAGUAUAAUUUGCAGUCACCAAUUCCAAAUGCUCAGCCAAUUAUAAGCAAUAUCAGGGUAAAAAUAAAAUCGAAGGAUGGCAAUGGCGAUAGAAGGAGGAGGGACAUUAUCAGAAAUAUUCCAGAGCUCGAAAAAGGCUCUACUGAGAGCUAGAGAUGGAAUCGAGAAGUUAGAGAGGCUAGAGAAUUCAACAUCAAACGGAGGUUUAGACUCGCCUGAGCUUUCUUUUGCAGUUAAAAAAGAUAUCUCUCAGAUUCAGUCGCUUUGUGCUCAGAUGGAUCGUCUUUGGCGUUCUAUUGCCGCUAAGCCACAGCGCGAUCUUUGGAAAAGAAAAGUAGAACAAGUAGCAGAAGAGGCUGAAUCGUUGAAACAAAGUUUGGAUAGAUACUUUUUGAGGAAUCAAAGGCGAACGAGAGAAGCUCAGGAGAGAGCUGAAUUGCUUGGUAGAGCUAAUGGGGAAUCAGCUCAUGUAUUGAGAAUAUUUGAUGAGGAAGCACAAGCAAUGCAGUCGGUUCAUAAUUCUAAAAGAAUGUUGGAAGAAUCUUUAUCUACAGGAUCUGCUAUUCUUUCUAAAUAUUCCGAACAAAGACAACGCUUGAAGAAUGCACAACGUAAAGCUCUGGAUGUUCUCAACACAGUGGGGCUCUCCAACUCUGUGUUGAGGCUUAUUGAGAGGCGGAACCGUGUUGAUAGGUGGAUCAAAUACGUGGGAAUGCUCAUAACACUUGCCCUCGUGUAUUUCCUCGUGAGUUGGAGUCGUUGAAGUGUUCUUCGUGUUUUCAUUUCAUUUCAAUGCACAUAUAUAUAUCUAUACAUACAACUUCCUUUUCCAUUUCCAAACAAAUGAAUCUUUUGUACAAUGGAUGUGAGAUUAUAUAAAAUGGAUUCAUAACAGGUUUCCGUGUUCCA